UCAUUGAUGCGUUCGCUGCGGAGCGGACCAUCGCUCCGUCUUUCUGGGUUACUGUAAUUUUGGGUCAGCCGGAUCGGCAUCUUCUCCGUUUGAACCACCUCGAAUCUUUUGUCGUCCGUCUGCUUAUCUUCGAGCAUCACUCAUCCAAAAUGACGGGGACGGAGACACUGGAGAAAAGGCAGCAGCACAAGUGGAGCCAGAACGGGGCCGUGUGUUCAGACACAUCCGGCGGGGUGGAGGACGCGUUCGACUCCACAUACAGGGAGAAGGAGGGCCCCAAGCCCCCCAGGAUCAUCGUCUGGAGAAAUGUCAUAAUGAUGUCUCUGUUGCACUUAGGAGCUGUGUACGGCGUCUUCCUCAUCCCUUCAGCCUCUUUUUUAACCUUGCUUUGGUCUGUGCUUUGUUUUUUGGUAAGCGCUCUAGGAAUUACUGCUGGGGCUCAUCGCCUGUGGAGCCACAGAACCUACAAGGCUUCAUUACCUCUAAGGAUUUUUCUCUCCUUUGCCAACUCCAUGGCGUUUGAGAACGACAUCUUCGAGUGGGCUCGAGACCACAGGGUUCACCACAAAUACUCGGAGACGGACGCCGAUCCUCACAACGCCCGCCGCGGGUUCUUCUUCGCCCACAUCGGCUGGCUGCUGGUGCGCAAGCACCCCGACGUCAUCGAGAAAGGAGGCAAGCUGGACCUCAGCGACCUGUUGAGCGACAAAGUCGUGAUGCUUCAACGGAGGUAUUACAAGCUCUCUGUGCUGCUGAUGUGCUUCUUCGUGCCCAUGUUCGUGCCUUGGCACUUCUGGGGGGAGUCCCUCUGGGUGGCGUACUUCAUCCCGGCUCUGCUGCGUUACGCCUUGGUGCUGAACGCCAGCUGGCUGGUCAACAGCGCGGCUCACAUGUGGGGAAACAGGCCCUACGACAAGAACAUCAACCCCCGGGAGAACCGAUUCGUCACUUUCAGCGCUAUAGGUGAGGGGUUUCACAAUUACCACCACACGUUCCCCUACGACUACGCCACCAGCGAGUUCGGCUGCAAGUUCAACCUCACCACCUGCUUCAUCGACUUCAUGUGCCUCCUGGGCCUGGCCAAGGACCGCAAGCGAGUCUCCCGCGAGGUGGUCCUGUCUCGGACACAGCGCACCGGAGACGGAAGCCACCGCAGUGGCUAAAACUGUAGGGAGGAGGUCGUCAGCUUCGAGGCGAAACCAGCCGACGAAGAUCAAAAGGCCUCUGACAGCGAUCGAUUUCAUUAUCCUCUGAGUUUCUAAGUCAGCUUCAUGAGGGUCCUGACCACAUUUUGCUUGUUCUUUGUGGGUUUUGUAGCUAAACUUAUACAAGUCAUUCAAGAUAUAGGAUUUGUGAUAUUCAUCCAGGCCAAAUUUUAAAGUAGAGUCAUUUGUUUAGGACAACUUUAUUUCUUGCUUCUCUGCCACUUUGCUGUUCUCUUUUCUUAAAAACUCAGUCUUGUAGCCACUCAGUUUGAUCYGUUACUCGAAUAUUAAUCAGAUGCAGCAAGGACUAAAAUAUGGAGUAACUAAGCUGAUAGGCUGCAUUUCUGACCGAACACUUGCCUUUAAUGCAGAUUUAUGGGAUUUUUUUUAUUAUUAUUAUUAGUUUAAAUAUAAAGCUUAACUUAAACGUGAAAUAUAACAAAGGAUUUGAAAAGUGAGGGAAUCCAGACCUUCCUCUUAAAAGCCCAAAAAUACUGUCCGAACUGUGUGAGUUUCGCAGUUUCGCCUUCUAAAAAAAAAAAAAAAAACAAGACCAAAUAUAUUUAGAAAAAUCAAAGCACUUUGAAAACAAUUAACAUGCUUCGCUUGAAUCUGUAACCUUAGAUUAAAACCGCUUUUUCAUCUCAACAGUGACAUGCAACAUUUUUUUAACGAAUAUUUAAUAGUGCCAAAUAUUUUCUAGCGUUUACCGUAUUUAAACUAUUUCUAUCAUCCACUCUAGUGAAUAUUUCGUCUUUAAGUUAUAUGAUUGUGAAGUUUUUUUUUGUGAAGCGUUAUGGGUUUCCAGAUGUUAUCCAAUGUGUCCCAAACAUCUGCAGCGGAGCUCCCAUUGGUCGGUGCAGCUGUCAGCUGCUGUUCAAAACCACGUGCAUGGCGAUACGCUGUCGUAGCUGUCGUGGUAAGGUGACGUGUCGGUGACUGUCGUGGCACAACUGCGUCGAUUUCUUUCGUACCGUGAAGCUGCUGCUGUCGCUUUUGGCUCAUCAGAUUUGUCGUGGUGAUUUCAGAGACAGGGUCUGGCUUCUUCCCCCCCUUUGAUGUCUUACGGAAAGCGAUUAUCAGUCUAAAAAAAAUUAUAUCUGCAUUGAUGUUGGUGUUCAUUUGAAAAUCCUAGUGUAUUGAAUGCUUGUGUUUUUGUGUUUUUUAAAUUGUUUUACUUGACUACAAUAUAAUCUUAACUUGAUGUUUUUGCAUUUUUAACAUUCGGCAAAUAGUCUCGUAUAUUAUAUUGAAAAUCUAUCAAACUGAAGCACCUUUUUGUUUCUAACCAAUGACGAAGUGCGUCUAAAAUGCCUUAUGAUCACAUUUGAGCAGUUUAGACAAAAAGAGUAAGUUUCUAAGAUCUUGAAAAACCAAAUGAAAGAAUGUUUUUAUUCUACUUUUCAGAUUUAGGCAGGUUAGCAUGUCUGUAACACACACUAAGAAAUAAGAUCACUGUUAUCAGUCGCUACGAUGUAACUUAGGCUACAAAGUUAAAAAUCUUGUGCUGUGAUAAAAACUGUCGACUCCAACUCAAGCCCUGGGAAAUGGCUCCUACUGUCCAGAAAAAGAAAAUUUGCAUUAUUGUUUUGAUGAGAAACCAAAUGAUUUUCAACAUGUCCAGUUUAAUGAUGUACUAUUCUGAAAUAAAAUUCAUAGUUCAAUUAUUUCA